GGUGACUAUCAACAGAGCUGAGACAAAUGUAAACCCGGAGGAUGCAGGACCUCAUCUCAUGCUCCUGAUGACCAUAUAAAGCUAGACUUGUCUUGACUGAUCACAAACACAGUAGAAGUUGCCAAAAAAUGCAUUUGCACACAUACACAAUCACUUGUAGGGCUCUCUCAUACACAGUCACACUUUCUCCCUAAAGUGGUCGCACACACACCGUGUAAGUUUAAUUGCUUUCCUGUGGAGAAAAAUCCCCCUUCUGACUGUUACGGGGGUUUUGUCUGCACAGGAAACAUUAACCUCUUCCUGCAUUAGCUGGUCACUCUUACAGGCUGCACUCUGACUCUUGUUGCCCUAGCAGGCCUGCUGUUAGUCAUCAGUGUCAGAUGCUGGCGUAGAAGAAAAGGCCAGACUGUCACUCAGAGGCUCCUUCUGCAGAAAUCAUGGAGAGAUAUUGAAAAAGAGAACAGAUGAUGAUGUUUAGAGGGUUCUUUCAUAAUGUUUUUUUUCAUCCUGCCAGUGUUGUCUUGGCCUUGCACAUCCAGUUAGCCACACAGGAGAGUGGAGGAGAAGGUCCCUGCCCCCACAGCACUUUAUAAACUCCUACCUAACAAGAACAAUCUGUGUGCAGGCCGCAGAGCUCAGACACUCUCUGUGAGGCUGAAGGGGGAGGAGAACAGUGGAGAGGCAGAAGGAGGGAUCUGUCCUCAUGGUUAACGCCAUCUCGUUUUUUUGGUUGUUUUCUUUGCACUAUCCGUACAAACCUCCAGCCUGAAAUCUGAAACUGCAGAAGUGGUGUGGCUCGCAGAUCAUUUGCAACUCUUUGCCGUGCUCUCUCUCUCUCUUUCUCUCUCAGUUCAUUUUUUCCAGACUGGUUUCACACAUUCUCCAUCAGAGGCGAUUCCAACAGAGACACUUCUCCUGCCGCAGUGGAUGAUCCUGAGGGGAAACCAUGCUCCCGAUGGCCCUUCAUCUGUGUGUGGUGUUUUGCAUCAGCAGCAGUUUGGCCACCCCUCUACCUUUAUACAGUUCUCUAGAAGGAAGUACAGAUGCGGAAGAAAUCAGUAUCCUAACUUCCUCUCUGCCCACCAGCAAUCUUUCUUCUGAAUACCAAACCACACCUGUCGGCCCCACGCAUGUGGAAACUAACUUUCUGAAUCAAGUUGUGGACUUUCUGGAGAAGAACAUGCUCCUUAUCCUUGUCGCAGGCUCUUUCAUUCUUCUCGUCCUCCUUAUUAUCUGUGGGGCGAUUAUGAUGAGCCGCAGGCGCAAAGUCAAUGCUUACUACCCUUCCUCUUUCCCCUCAAAAAUGUACGUGGACCACAGGGACAAAACCGGAGGUGCUAAACUCUUUAAUGAAGUGCCAGAAAAACCCGUUCCUGAGCAGGAAAGUGAGCCAGUGGACUCUCACAAGCAGCUCCAGGCGGACAUUAUGAGGGCUGCCAAGAGACUGCGCACACCAAAUAAAUGUGUCGAUGCUGCAGAGGGAAGUGACCCCAGUCAGAAAGCAGCAGACCCAAGUCCUGAGGACAGCUCUCGACCAGAUGGCAGCAUCCUGGACGAGCAGCUACCAAGUGUCCCUGAGGAGAAGGAGCUGUGUGAGCUUUCUGACAGUGUAGCAGCUGCAGCAGGAGGCCCUGAGCUGAAUCCUCCAGAGGAAGAUGAUUCACAGACGCCUUUAACUGGCAGGAGUCUCAGGCCAUCCUCUUUGCAUAUUCACAAUGACUCUGCUACACUUCAGCUGAUCGCAGGAGAGAAAACUGCCUUCUAACUAUUCUGAACACUGUGACCUCAUGAGAGGAAAUCUGUCCAGUAACUUUACAAAUCUACACAUCAAGGAAAGGUUGCUAAAUUCCAAUCACAGGUGUUUUUAUUGCAAUAUUGUAUGUUUAUAUUCAGUGCAGGAAAGGUGCACGUUGUUGCUUUGCUGAUUGGAUAAAUAUUUUAUGACAUUACAAACAUGUCUCACAGAGUAUCAUUCAAAUCUGGUACGAAACAUUUCUUUUUAUGGGGUGUUUUGUGUUUAAAGACAUUUCGCUCACUGUCUCAUUCCUUAAAGAAUCCUGCAGAGGGACCACUUCAGUAAACAUUGUAUGGUCCCAAAUACAUUGUACUUCUGCAAAACUCUAAGUAUUGACAAUGUUUUACGGAUCAGUAUUUGCAUGUUUAAGAUUAAAGUAUAGAAAGACACUUCAUGAGAAUAGUUUUGGUUUCAGGAUACUUUUAUUACACUAUGAAGGAAGCAUUACUGAGUAAUCAUAAAUAACACUUAAAACCAAUCGACCCCUUCAUUGUUUCAAGCCACUUUACUUCAUUGCAUAUCAAAAGGUCAGUGUUUAGGGUGCAAAUAGGAUAUAACUCUUAUCUUAAAUCACUAUCUCCAUCACACCAUUCAAAGUAAACACUUCACAAAAUCUUAAAAUAUAACAA